CUCUCUCUCUGCUCUCAGUGCCGGCUUGGGCAGGGGAGGACUGCGCUCGUCCACUCAUGGGCAGUUUUGGAGUUCCGCUGAGGAGCCGCGUUCGUGGACUUUAUUGCUUAAGAGUGGCAUAAAAAACGGAGGUAACAUGUUCCUGACACGGCGGCAUAUCCUCUUGCUCUUCCUCACUGGAGCAGUGAGGUCACAGGUGAAUCCAGGCGUGUGCAGGUAUCCUCUGGGCAUGACUGGCGGCAAGAUCCAAGAUGAGGACAUUUCUGCCUCCAGUCAGUGGUCAGAGUCAACCGCAGCGAGAUAUGGCAGGCUGGACUUCGACGACGGUGAUGGAGCUUGGUGCCCAGACGUUGUAGCGGAGCCAAACAGUCUGAAGGAGUUCCUGCAGAUUGACCUUCGCACACUGCACUUCGUCACACUGGUGGGCACCCAGGGGCGCCACGCUGAUGGCAUGGGCAAUGAGUUCGCCCAGCGCUACAGGAUAAAGUACAGCCGGGACGGCGGCCGCUGGGUCUCCUGGCGCGACCGCAAAGGUGGUCAGAUCAUUGAGGGGAACAAGAACCCCUAUGACGUGGUGCUGAAGGACCUGGAGCCGCCCAUCAUCGCUCGCUUCGUCCGGUUCAUGCCUGUGACUGACCACUCCAUGAUUGUGUGUAUGAGGGUGGAACUUUAUGGAUGUGAAUGGCUAGAUGGUCUCGUGUCCUACAGUGCCCCUGCUGGCCAGGAGAUGACCUUUCAUGACCAGCAUAUUUAUCUUAAUGACACCGUGUACGAUGGAGCUGUGAGCCAAAGCAUGACGGAAGGCCUCGGUCAGCUGACCGACGGAAGUUGGGGUUUGGAUAACUUCACUCAAAGCCAGAUCUACGGUGUGUGGCCUGGCUAUGACUAUGUCGGCUGGACCAACGCCAGUUUUCCCAGUGGCUCUGUGGAGAUGACGUUUGAGUUUGACCGUGUCAGGAACUUCACGUCAAUGAAGGUCCACUGCAACAACAUGUACACAUUAGGGGUGAGAGUAUUCCGGCAAGCCGUUUGCUACUUCCGUUCGGAGUCGGAUUGGGAAGCCAAGCCUGUUUCUUUCAAACCCAUAGAGGAUGAUACCAAUACAAGUGCACAUUUUGUCACAGUGGCUCUUGGGAAUCGCAUGGCCAGCGCCAUUAAGUGCCACUUUGCAUUCAGUGAUGCCUGGAUGAUGUUCAGCGAGGUCGCUUUCCAGUCAGACACGGCAGCAUACAACACCUCUCUAGGUCCUCGGAAGCGUGGCCACCCAACUAGGGUCCAUCCGGGAGGUGACCCCACACACAAGAUCGACGACAGCAACACACGCAUCCUCAUAGGCUGUUUGGUGGCCAUCAUCGUCAUCCUGCUGGCCAUCAUCAUCAUCAUCCUCUGGCGACAGGUCUGGCAGAAGAUGCUGGAGAAAGCCUCGAGACGCAUGCUGGACGAUGAACUGACGGCACGUCUUUCGGCCCAUAGGGAAGCCUUCGCCCGUCGCCUCUCCUCCGUCUCCAGUGAAGCCGACUCCACCUCCACGUAUGAGAGGGUCUUCCCCCUAGGUUCUGACUAUCAGGAGCCAUCCCACCCCUUACGCAAAUCACCAGAAUUUCAAGCCACGGAGAACCUUGGUGAGGAACAGCAGUUCUAAUCUGGUUCACUUCCUCCCGCAGUCCAUGCAGACGAUGCCCCCCACUACGCAGAGGCAGAUAUAGUGAGCCAGCAGCCCGUGAGCAGCCGAGGCUACUCCGUCGCUGCGGUCACCGUGCCACUGCCGCCGGGGCGGGACGGAGCUCUGGAGGAGUUCCCCAGAGAGAAGCUGACAUUUAAAGAGAAGCUUGGAGAAGGGCAGUUUGGAGAGGUCCAUCUGUGUGAGGCCAGAGGAAUGCAGGACUUUAUGAAGGAGGAUGGCGAUGGCAUUGGGGAUGAGCCCAUUCUGGUAGCUGUAAAGACUCUUAGAGAAGAUGCAACUAAAAAUGCAAGAAAUGACUUUCUGAAGGAGAUCAGGAUCAUGUCGAGGUUGAGGGACCCGAACAUCAUCCGCCUGCUGGCUGUUUGUGUGGAGAGCGACCCACUUUGCAUGAUCACAGAGUACAUGGAGAACGGAGACCUCAACCAGUUCCUCUCCCGCCAUGAGCUUCAGGAAUCUGGAGAAGACCAGAAGAACAUCGCCACCAUCAGUUACAGCACACUGAUCAAUAUGGCUACCCAGAUCGCUUCUGGUAUGAAGUAUCUGUCGUCCCUCAACUUUGUGCACCGUGAUCUGGCCACUCGCAACUGUUUGGUAGGGACAAACAACACCAUCAAAAUCGCUGACUUCGGCAUGAGCAGGAACCUGUAUCGCGGAGAUUAUUUCCGCAUCCAGGGCCGAGCUGUGCUGCCCAUCCGCUGGAUGUCCUGGGAGAGCAUUCUGCUGGGUAAGUUCACCAUGGCGAGUGACGUGUGGGCCUUUGGGGUGACUCUUUGGGAGACGCUCACUCUGUGUAAAGAGCAGCCCUACUCAGAUCUCUCAGACGACCAGGUGAUCGAGAACACGGGCGAGUUCUUUCGAGACCAGAACAAGCAGGUCUACCUCCCGCGGCCUGCCUGCUGUCCUGAUGCAGUUCACAGCCUCAUGCACAGCUGCUGGAGGAGGAACGCCAAGGAGAGGCCCAGCUUCCAGCACAUCCACAGCACUCUACUGGAACACCAGGCUGCACUGCACACAGACUGACAGAGAGCUGACAGAAAAAUGGCUCCCACACACACACGCCUCCUUCAGUGGCUCAGUCGUCCUGAAGCUUUUCAGCCCAGCUGCGUGCUGGUGACCAUGUACAGUGCUGUGCAAACGACAGAGACCACCCUUCAGUUAUUUACUGCUAGCCAA